AUGCCAGUCAAAGGACUCCGAACAGUUACGACGGCCCAGAACGGCGUCGGCGCCUUCAUUCACCAGUGCAAGCGCCUUGACUUUCACUACUGCAAAUAUGGCGGCAGCUCACGGGGCAUGCUUGCCUUCCUGACCCAGACCCUCCCCAACUUCGCCCGCGAAAACCCUCAGAUCGAACUCCGAGUAGCUCCCAGACCCGGCAAGCACCCCGUCAUCAAGGGUCAAUACGUCAAUGGCCGUGAGAAGGCAAUUUGUGUGCGGAACCUCGAACCCAUCGACAUUCUCAAGAAGGCGAUGAUUCUGAAGGAUGCAAGCGGAGACAAGUUGAAGCGGACCAAGAAGCCAGUGACAAGUAUUAACGAGAGUGUGCGUGGUAUCUGGUCACCGUACCACGGUGAUCUGCGCGGUGUAUGA